AAUCAUCUGCUGUUAUCCGAGAUUAAAGUUAGUCCGCAUUGAUAAAAACGGGCAUACGGGAGAUAGGGACUGCGGGUUCGAAUCUACAUACUACAUAUCUAUGGGGUGAGCAACUGAUUGCUGCUGCUCGCGAGCGAGGGCGCGCGCGGUAUUCUCCGAUUCCGCCUUCCGCCCCGCGCGUCAUCAGGGACGAAAUAUAAGUUUGUAACGGGCCACUCCUCUACGGCCGCGGAGUCAUCUGCGCGAUGCGCGUAACCGACGCUCUGUUCUGAGUAUCCUCGCCCGUGGACGCGCGGUGAUGCUGAUCGCGCGCGACUCUCGCUGACACGGCGGACUCGACUCUACCAGGAAAUCGACGACCCCGAGAAAAAAUGUUGGCCCGGAUCCUCCUGUUAUUCCUGGCUUCUGGAAACUGCCAGUUCACCCAGUACCCCCAGGAGUACCCCCAGGAGUUCCCCCAGUACCCCCAGGAGUACCCCCAGUUUCCCCAGUUUCCCCAGGAGUCGACGGAAUCUACCCCCAGGCUUCCGUGGAAUCGCUAUGACGACCGGGAUCAGAGUACGGGAUUUCGGAAUCCGAGUCAAAAUGAGAAUCUCAUAAUUAAAGAAUCCACAUACUUCAUAGUUGCUUCUCGCAUGGUUCGACCAGGCCACGUGUACAGAGUUGCUGUAAGCAUUCUUCUUAGUCCCGUGCCUAUUACGGUACGUACAUCCAUUCAGAGAAAUGGCGUGGAGAUAGGGGCGGACUAUCAAGACAUGAAAGAGGGCAUACCUGAGACGCUGAUGAUUCGCAUGCCACCCACCUCCGUGGGUGGUGACUACAGGCUGCGCGUGGAAGGGACCUACGGCAGUUUGAAAGGCGGCCAGGCCUUUCUUAACGAGACCAAAUUGAUAUUCUCGCAACGUUCCAUGACUAUUUUUGUACAGUUGGACAAGCCCAUGUACAUGCAGGGUGAGACAGUGCGAUUCAGAACGAUCCCGAUAAAUACGGAGCUGAAGGCUUACGACAAUCCCGUGGACGUGUACAUGUUGGAUCCGAAUCGAAAAAUCAUGAGGCGAUGGCUCAGCAGACAGAGCAAUCUGGGCACAGUGUCGCUGUCGUACCAGCUUUCCGACCAGCCGGUUUACGGAGAGUGGAUCUUGCAGGUGAUAGCGCAGAAUCAAGUGGAGGAGAAGACGUUCCUCGUGGAGGAAUACUAUCAAACGCGCUUUGAAGUCAAUGUUACGAUGCCGGCCUUCUUCUUCGACAACGAUCCGUACAUUUAUGGUAUCGUGCAGGCAAAUUACACCUCGGGCGCGCCGGUGAGGGGUAAUCUGACCCUGAAGGCCAGUUUCAAGCCGCUGGAUAGAAUACGCAAUCCCUCGGUCCCCAUCGAUCCGGUCGAGAGAUACUUCAACUUCAACGAAUAUUAUCCGUCGUGGUUCAGAAUAUUAAAUCCGUACGAGGACAGACUACCAGUACUGAGGUUCUACAACGGAACGUACCACUUCCGGUAUCCCAUGCAGGAGUUGCUGAGCUUCGUUCCGUCGACCGACGGAUUGGAAGUCACUGUGGUCGCGACGGUGGGCGAGAGAUUCUUGGACGAGGUGGUAGUCGGCUACUCCACGGCGAGGAUCUUUAAUUCCACCACGAAGGUCCGUUUCCUCGGCGGCAGUCCACAGGUCUUCAAGCCGGCGAUGCCGUUCACGUUAAAUGUGGUCGCGUCCUUCCACGACGACUCGCCGCUGCGGUCCACGCAGCUGAGGGAUGUCAUGAUGGAGAUCCGCGCGGAUGUCGAGAUGCGAACUGGCGGACGUCGUACCAUCGACACCAUAUACCCGAGGGCGACGCCGGAACACGCGGACGUCUGGACCGUGAAGAUGGAUCUCAGGAGACUGCUCGGGCUGGAGCACGACGCCAAUCGCGCCAAUCAGAUACUGAACGACGUUGUCUCCAUGAAGGUCUACGCGCACAUCACCGACGGCGAGGGCUACCGGGCGCAGACCGAGCUGCUGUUGCUCGCCCACGAGUCCCCGAACAUGAAGCACAUCAAGAUAUCGACGUCCACUGAGAAGCCUAAGGUCGGCCAGUACAUGGUGUUCCAUGUGCAGACCAACUUCUACAUCGACUCCUUCCACUAUAUCAUCAUGGCCAAGGGUAUAAUACUUCUGAACGGCGAGGACACCAUGCAGCACAAUAUAAGAACCUUCGCGAUUCCUCUUAGCCCUGAGAUGGCGCCCGUCGCGACGGCGGUAGUGUAUUACGUGGGGCGCUACGGCGAGGUCAUUGCAGAUUCCCUGACCUUCCCGGUGAACGGGAUUUCGCGCAACAAUUUCACCGUAUUCAUCAACAAUAAGAAGGCAAGGACAGGCGAGCGCGUUGAAGUGGCCAUCUACGGCGAGCCCGGGUCCUACGUCGCCCUGUCGGGUAUCGAUCGGUCGUUCUACACCAUGCAGGCGGGCAAUGAGCUGUCGUAUGCGAACGUGAUCACGAAGAUGUCGCACUUCGACGAGGAGACCAACGGCACUAACACGCACACCUGGCAGUACCACGACGGCGAUCCGGACGAGUUGGUGUACUUCCCGUCCUCCACCUUCGGCAUCGACGUCAAUCGCACGUUCGACUACAUCGGCCUGGUCGUCUUCACGGACGCCGUAUUACACCGGCGGCCCGAGCUCUGCAACCGGACGCAAGGAUACGGCGAGUGCCUGACCGGUCGAUGCUACAGACUGGAUAAGAAAUGCGACGGCAUAUUCGACUGCGACGACGGCACGGACGAGGCGCGAUGCGUCGUGCGGAACGCGACUGACCUGGCACAGUUCCGCAAGUGGCGGUUUAACCGGAUCCAACGGCACUACGAGAACGUCUGGCUGUGGAAGGAUAUCAAUAUCGGCCCGCAUGGCCGACAGAUCUUCGAUCUGGACGUGCCGCGAAGGCCGGUACACUGGAUGGUCACCGCGUUCAGCAUGUCGCCCACCAUCGGGUUCGGUAUGCUGCCGAAGGCGCUCGAGUACAUCGGAGUCCUGCCGUUCUACAUAAACGUGGAGAUGCCGACGCACAGCAGACAGGGCGAGCAAAUCGGCAUUCGCGUGUCCGUUUUCAAUUACAUGCGUUACAACAUCGAGGCGACAGUGAUCCUGGCGGGCUCCAACGACUACAAGUUCGUCCACGUUGAGGACAGCGGCAUCGUGCAAUCGUACAUGCCGCGCACCUCUUUCGGCGAGCAUCAGUUCUUCAUCUGGAUCCCCGCGCAGGACGCCAGUAUCGUUUAUCUGCCCAUCGUACCGGUGAGGCUCGGCGACAUCAAAGUCCACGUCUACGCGACCACUUUGAUCGGCAGGGACUCGGUGACUCGCAAUCUGCACGUCGAGGCGGACGGGGUGCCGCAGUAUCGGCAUCAGUCGUUCCUGCUCGACCUCAGCAAUCGCGCCUACGUGUUCCAAUACAUGCACGUGAACAUCACCGAGACGCCGAUCAUCCCGUACGACGAGAACCGUUACUACGUAUUCGGGUCCAACAAGGCGAUCAUCAGCGUGGUCGGCGACGUGGUGGGAGCGAUCUUCCCAACGAUGCCGGUGAACGCGACGAGCCUUAUGAAUCUGCCCAUGGACUGCGCCGAGCAGAACAUGUUCAGUUUCGCCGCCAACAUGUACACCAUCCUGUACAUGCGUUCCGUCAUCCAGCGGAAUCGCACGCAGGAGAAGGAGAGCUUUUACCAUAUGAACGUCGCCUACCAGCGACAGCUGUCGUUCCUGAAUCCCGACGGGUCCUUCAGCUUUUUCCGCACUGACUGGAACCAGUCGAUGCCGAGUGUCUGGCUGACGGCGUUCUGCACGCGGAUAUUCCAGGAGGCCAGCUUCUACGAGUGGGAGAACUACCUGUAUAUCGAUACCGAGGUGAUCACCCAGGCCGUUUCUUGGUUAUUGAAGCAUCAGACGGAGGACGGCGCGUUCUACGAGGUGACCUGGCUGCCGGACCGGAAGAUGAAUACCUCCUAUAUGUACGACACAAUCCCCCUUCGGAACAUCAGUCUCACCGCUCACGUGCUCAUCACGCUGGAGACUGUCAAGGACCUCACGGGUGGCCUAGGUGCCCAAGUGGCUCUAAGCAGGGCUAACGCUAUCAAAUGGUUGGAGAGGAACCUGAAGCAGCUGGAGAAUCACGGUAACCCUUACGAGAUAGCGAUAGUGGCCUAUGCGCUCUUAGUAGCGAAAGCCUCGACUGCUGAGCAAGCCUUCCACAUCCUGGCGAGACACGCGCGGAAUGAAGGCGGAAUGACGUACUGGGGCAGAGAACCAGUGCCGAUUGCCCCGUACAAGAUGGAGAAUCAGAAGCCCUUCCUGCUGCCACGUUUACCCUACAAAUACGACUCGGAGAACAUAGAGACAACUGCGUACGCGCUGCUCGUUUACGUCGCCCGGCAGGAGAUUAUGUUAGAGCCGAUAGUGGCGUGGCUGAACGGACAGAGAUUGACGGACGGCGGAUGGGCCUCCACCCAGGAUACCGUUUGGGCGAUGAAGGCACUAAUGGUGUAUACCGAGAAGUCGAGACUCAGGGACGUCAGUGCGCUCACCGUACAGGUAGAGGCUACUGCUUUGCCGGGGAAGAAGAAGAUGUUGAUCGUGAACGAUAAGAAUCGAGCGAGGCUUCAAACUAUCGAGAUCCCGGAAGCGUGGGGAACCGUGAAAGUACAGGCGAAUGGCGCGGGCUACGCUAUUUUGCAAAUGCACGUGCAGUACAAUGUGGAUAUAAAGAGAUUCCAAAUACAGCCGCCGGUUCAAGCCUUCGAUCUAGUCACCAGAGCGAAUUUCCAUGGCAGAAAUCAGUCUCACAUUUCGUAUUUUUGUUGUCAAAGAUGGACGAAUCUCAACGAAUCUGUGCGUUCUGGCAUGGCUGUGCUGGAUGUCGGCAUACCAACCGGCUACAUAAUUCAACAGCAAACUCUAGACAGAUACAUUCUAUCGAGGCGGGUGAGGAAUCUUCAGAGAGCGCGUUUCCAAGAGAGGAAGGUGCUAUUCUACUUCGAUUAUCUAGACAACGAAGAGACGUGUGUGAACUUCACGGUGGAACGCUGGUAUCCGGUCGCAAAUAUGUCGCGAUACCUUUCAAUACGCGUUUACGAUUACUAUGCGCCAGAACGCUUUAACGAAUCUAUAUUCGACGCACUGCCUACGUACACAUUAAAUAUAUGCGAGGUUUGCGGCAGCUCCCAGUGCCCCUACUGCCCAAUUUACAAUGCUGCUAGGCUCUUAACUACGCCAGCAGGUUUCCUGCUUAUCGCGUCGCUCGUCGUCACGAUAACAAGGUACUUCCGAACGCAGCAAUUCGGCGACGGCUAGCGAUAACGCAAAAGUCAAAGCAUUCGAAUCUUAUCCAUUUCUUAUUGCCAUGAUUCGCCCCCGUUAACGAAGUCCAAAUAUGGAACGAGACGAUAAUCAGAACUUAGUACAUGUCCAUGAAUCUCAUUUUUAAAUAUCUCAAGAUUUUUAUAUAAUUUUACAAAUCUGAUAUGCGCUUGUGCAAUGACCAAUGCGGAAUGGUGAGUUUUAAAUGUCAGUUUCUUUUUCCAGUGAAGAUAAUCACUUUUAGUCACUUUGACCAAUAAUUUUGACUAUUGUUUUUCUUCUCAAUACUCUUUUUUUUUCUACACAAUCUCCAUAGCAUAGAUUUCGUAAUUGUAAAAAUAUCAUAUCUUUUCGUAUACUUAUUUUCAUAUAUUUUUGCACCUUUAACGAUACUUUAGAUUAUAUUUUGUCAAGAUUCAAUUAAGAACAAUUAGUAUUUUAUCACUUGCUCGAAGACUUAUGAUCAAAGCCCGAUCUCAGUAGAGCUACUCCAAGCACGUGUUAGCAAGUGCUGUGAGAAACAGUACCGUCCAUGCCGCGCCGUCUAACGUAGCAUAGGAAACACCGUCACAUAGGCUACAAAAAUAUUUAUAUAAUUUUAUUUGUGUUUACUUAAUAAUAUUUUUGUAUGUUUAUACAUACA